AUGGACAUUGACUCCGUUCCCGUCUCACCAGAGAGAAAGCGCAAAAAUAGAGAAAAGGACGGCCACUCAGCCAAAAAGCGCAAACAUGAAGUGAGCAACUACGCCGCGCAACCGGAGGCAGAAGAGUCUUCGCCAAAGCCCAAGAAGAAAGAAAAGAAGGAUAGGGAACACAAGAAACAUAAGCAUCAUGAUGACUUCGAGCCAUCUGCGCCGACGCUACCAGCUUCCCCCAAUCCACGAUCACAAAUUACCAAGAAGCACAAACAUCAGUCCCCAGCAACCCAGGAUGAUGAAGAAGAAGAACCCCCAACAACCUCCAGAAAACCUCUCACUAAGGCCUCCGCAUCACGAUUGGAAUCCACAUCCACAGACUCGAUGGAAUCCUCCCCCUUCCACCUCAUAACCGCAACGCUCUACGUUCCUCUGUCUCCAAUCUCCAUCUCCCCAACGCACGCACUCUCCUCCCUACAAGCUGAACACCUCUCUCCGCUCCUACUUACCUACUUCCCACCCGUCCGCGGCAUCGUGCUCGCCUACUCUAACGCCUCCAUAUCCUCCACUCCUCCCUCGCCAUCCUCCCCGUCAACCCCGCACAACCCGGAUGAGAGCCCAAAGCCACAACCGUUAACCCUCGCCAUGAGCGCGGGUGAGUACGGCGUCCUUUACGUCUACCUGACAGCCACAUUUUUGGUGUUUCGCCCAGAGCGCGGACAGCCGCUCGAGGGGUGGAUAAACGUUCAAUCCGACGGCUUCCUUGGCGCCGUGGUGUACAAUCUUUUCUCCGUCGGGAUUGAGCGGCGCCGGCUCCCCGCUGACUGGAGAUGGGUGGCGCCGGGCCAGGAGUCGACUACAUCAACAUCGGAAGCGGUUGCGCCUAAAGAUCGUGGCGGCAGUGUUGGCGUCGGCGUCGACGACGAUGACGAUGACGACGACGAGGACAAGUCUUCAGACUUCGAUUCUGAUAAGGAGAAUUUCCGCCCCCUGCCUGCGUCGUCCGCUGCGAUGCUUGACCACAGCACCCAGUAUCAGAGCAAUGGCGGCUUGGAGCCACCGUUCGAAGCAUUCGAGGAUGCCUCGGCGGGUUACUUCCAGACACGCUCGGGGCGACGGGUUCGCGGGAUGGUCCGCUUCCGUGUAAGAGAUGUGGAUGUCAUUCCCGGUGCGGAGCAUGAUAAGGGUUUUAUAAGCAUUGAAGGGACGAUGCUGAGUCCUGAGGAGGAGGCGAAGCUGGUGGAGGAGGAGCGUAAGAGGGCUGGGUUUGCUCCUUCCUCGUCCUCGUCAGCGGUUGCGGCGGCGGCGGCAGGAGUAUCGGGUGGAAGUGGCAAUGCUGCACCUCGGCAGGCGGUGAUGUCCGGUGGCCUGGGGACAUCGAGUGCUUCUACUGCUUCUGCUGCUGUUGAAACCGAGGAAGAACCGGACGCGGAGAUACCCGUGCGGCGGAAGAAGGGGAAAGAGAAGGAAAAGGAGAAGGAGAAGAAGAAGAAGAAGAAAGAAAAGAAGACGACUCUGUGA